ACAUGAUCCGACUUCAGUACAUCAACAGCUGGUAGGAUUGGGGGUUUUGGUUUGGAGUUCAAUUGGGGCUUUUUUGAAGUUCUAGUAAUGGCUUGCUUUCUUGUAAUUGUUGUGAUGGAAGUCCAAUAGAAAGGCAGAACACUCGUUCUAGGGUCUACCACUCUUUCUUUAACUUCAUUCUUAAAGCAGAAGAAGCUCUGCUGGUCUGAAGUUACAACCCAAAAAAGACUCGAUCUUUAAUUUCCUUUCUCCAUAGAAUUGCUCCUGGAUGAACUAAAACAUUGUGUUAAGCUAUAGAAAACAUCCCUUGUUUGAGUUUGAGGUGUGACUAAGGUACUAACUAAAAGGGAAUUCCCCAUUCCUUUGUUUCCUUCCCUAGAAAGAGAAGUUGAAGCAGGCUAUUAGAGGGAACGAGAUGGCUACUGAACAGAAAGGAGUUGAUGAUGAGCAGCAGGCUCAGGCCGUGGUGACAAAUGGCACUUCCUCUGGUGGUUUUCAAGGGAGAGUGUUGGAUCAGUAUCGAAAGCUAAAAGAGCAUGCAGAAUCUUACCCUUAUGUGUGGGGUUCCUACAUUGUUGUGUACGGUGGGUUUGGCCUCUAUCUCACCUACAGAUGGAGGAAGCUCCGGCAGACCGAGGACAGAGUUCGGGGUCUUCAGGAAAGGCUUCGCAAGCUCGCUCAAACACAAGACUCUGCUACUGCUGCAUCAUCUUCCUCUGCAACAUCGUCGUCAUCAUCGUCAGCCACUACUAAAGCCACUUCCAAAUAGCUAGCCAACCUAUCCAGAGAACUACUUGGUUUGGUGAAGUGGAGCCAACUUCCACAAGAUUUUCAGGGAAUCCUUACUUGAUUUGGACUCCUCAGAAAGCUAAGUGAAAACCAAAGUGAUAACUUUUGACUCUUCAACUUACUGCUCCGUGACUUGGAUUACAAGGCAACAAGUAUAGGAACCUUGCAAAUUCAGGUACCACAAGUUUCAAUGUCUUACUUUUCGGUACCUGGUAUUUUACUUUUUUUCUUCUUUUGUGAACCCCAAGAAGAUUGUAUUUUCUAGUUCAGGCCUCUUACCUAUCCUUCCAAGCAAAACCGCAG